AAGUCGGGUACACAUCGGAUCAGGUGAAAUUUAAACACCUCUACUAUCGUGUAUCCACAAACAGAAACAUAGAGAAACCAGUUUUGUAAAAAAAGCUGGUUUAUAUCUUAAACAUUAACAAAGUGUAAUCACUAGUCACAAUCUCCAAACUCCCAAAAUGGGAGAUAGAGAUACAUUACAACCACUUCACAAGAAACAUUUCAACCUUUUCACAUUCACCUCCAUUCUUCUCCUAAUCUCUUUCUUCCUCGUACUCCUCGUACUUCUUACCAGCCAAAACUCCCUCAACUUCUUCUCUUCUCUCUCCAUUAACCCAGAUCUCAACUUCACCGCCGCUAACACAACCGCAUUGCCGCCUCUCACACCACCUCCUGAAUCCACGCCGCUUCAAUUUAAUCAUACCAUUGUUGACGAAAUUGGGAAAAUUGAGAAUGAUUUUGACCCGAUUGCCAAAAAUGAAAACAUGGGUUUUGUUAAUGGAUCUGUUGGUGAAAAUGGGUCGGGUCAAGAAGAAGUAGUAAUGGUGAAGAAUUCGGGUAAAGAUUGUAAUUUGUUUAUGGGUAAAUGGGUUAAAGAUGAUGGGUACCCAGUUUAUCAGCCGGGUUCUUGUCCUUUUGUUGAUGAAGCUUAUGAUUGUCAGAGUAAUGGACGGCCUGAUUUUGAUUAUAUGAAAUGGCGAUGGAAGCCUGACGGCUGUGAUCUUCCCAGGUUCAAUGCAACUGACUUUUUGGUCAGAAUUAAGGAUAAAAGAUUGCUGCUUGUUGGAGAUUCUAUGAACCGGAACCAGUUUGAAUCACUGUUAUGUCUGCUUUGUGAGGGACUUCCUGAUAAGAGCAAAAUGUAUGAAGUCCAUGGCUAUAAAAUCACUAAAGGAAGAGGUUUCUACAUCUUCAAGUUUAUGGACUUUAAUUGUACUAUAGAAUAUGUGAGGUCUCAUUUCCUUGUUAGAGAAGGAACCCGCAUCAAUGGACAAGGAAACUCAAAUCCGACAUUAUCGAUCGAUAAAAUUGAUAAGACAGCUAAACGCUGGAAGCAGGCUGACAUUCUUGUUUUCAAUACUGGCCACUGGUGGACUCAUGGGAAAACUUCGAGAGGGAAAAAUUACUACAAAAAAGGUGACUAUGUCUAUCCCAAAUUUGAUGCAGUUGAGGCUUAUCGGAAGGCCCUGAAGACAUGGGGAGAAUGGAUAGAUAAGAAUUUGGACCCUGAAAGGCAAUUGGUAUUUUAUCGUGCAUACUCUUCUGCGCAUUUCAGGGGAGGAGAUUGGGACUCAGGAGGCUCAUGCAAUGGUGAAACAGAGCCCAUCUUAAGUGGCACUUUCCUAGAUAACUACCCAAUAAAAAUGAAAAUUGUCGAAGAAGUUAUCCAACACAUGAAGGUUCCUGUGAUAUUAUUAAAUGUUACAAGGUUGACGAAUUUUCGUAAAGAUGGCCACCCAUCAGUCUAUGGUAAGAUGAGAAUAAAGGGGAUGAAAGUGUCUACUAGAAAACAAGAUUGCAGCCACUGGUGUCUACCUGGUGUUCCUGAUGCUUGGAAUGAGUUGAUUUAUGCAACUUUAGUUUAUCAACAGUCAGCUGCUAUGAACCAAGUACACUAGACACACAUAAUUUUCCUAUUUAAUUCAAUUUUGAGAAGUAUAAGACACGUUGAUUGUCGAUAAAGCAUGAGUAAAUGUGUCUUUAUUCAGUUAUAGCUAAAGGAAACCCAAGUUAGUUAUAGGCUUUAGCAUUGGCAAAGGCACACCGGCAACUCAGCAAGCUAAGUCUGAAGUAAAUUGAAAUUGUACUGUGUGCGAUAAUGAGUUCGGUACCUUGGUUGACCAUAGGAGAGUUUAAGGGACUGUAUUCUUCAUGUAUACUUCACAAGGUAGAAAAAGUCACUAGUAAAAGUAUGACUUAAAGCUUGACAUAUAUACACACUUUAAUGUAAAUUAUGACGACAUUGGGUUUGACUUCGAACCUCUGUAUUAUUUAUAUAUUUGUUUCUUAAAUCUAAGAAUUAAAAACUUUAGGAAACCUUCCU